AUGUGUGAUGUUUGUUCCGAGUUUUCACAUCUUUUAGUGAAUUGUGAAACGAGAUUAACCGAUGAUGUGUCCCAAUACCCAAGUAUAAGUCAGUCUGAACUGGAAGUAGUCCUUAAUUACAUACUUUCUUGGCCACAAAGGCAAUGUAUGUGCUGUUAUCGAGAUGUUAAAAAUUUUGAAAGAUUUUAUUUGGUGGUUCAAAGUGUGUUGUGCUUAUCUGUGUGUCAACUCAAGCUAUUAAAAGAUGAUUUAAUCGAAGCAGCUAAGUCUUCUCCACCUGAUGACACACAUGAGCAAGAAAGGCAGCUUGAAACUACUACUACUUCUGAAAGUGAAAAUAACCAUCAAUCAAAAGAUGAUGAACCUGAUGAUGAUGGUAAUAAAUCAGAAGAUAAGCAAGAGCAAUCAACUGAGGACAAUUCCCAUAUUGAGAACUCCCCCUCAAGUGAUACAGAAAUAUGGCCAAUGCAGCAGAAAGAAAAGCUUAUGCAUAUUGUUUCUAAAAUUUUCUUACUCAAUUUUCCCUUAUACUUAGCGUGUAAGCAUUCAGCAUUGAGCCGUUUAGAUGACCUAUCAGCACAAGAAAUAUCCAACUUAAGUUCAUACUGUGAUCUUCAUGAUACGGAAAUACCUGCUUAUCUAUUGCGCAAUGUAAGCCUGUUUUGUAAACUUGGCGGUGUGUGUGCAAUGACAUCAGUCUUUGAACAUGCAACUCCAAGCACUCUCCCACUAUCAAUGGCCCAUGCGAUAGUGGCUGCUGUUGGAAAUUUGAAGCUGUGGCUAAAUUUUAGAGCAGUAGCGCAGCUGUUUAUGCCACUGAGAACUAAAAUAUUAAAAUAUAUGUGUAAUUUAGAGGACAAAGAUUUAAGGGUACCAGCUGUGAAGUCUAUGGCAGAUUUUAUGUGGGGUGCAGCUAAGGAACCUCUAGAUGCUCCUCUAGCCUUUGAUGGUGAUGGACUCGCAUUGGCUUUCAAAUAUUUUAAUAGCAGUACACUUACAAUGCGACUAGCUGGUGUUGCCCAGAUUAAUGCACAUAUUGCUGCCCAUAAUGAAUUAUGUGCAGGAGAACCAGCUGCUGAUGCUGAAUUGGCUGGUCAGCAACUUGCAUCAUGGUUAACAAAUAAUAAUAUCAUCGAACAUCUCUUUGGACCUAAUUUACAUGUUGAGGUGAUAAAACAAUCACACAUGAUACUGAAGUUUCUCGCUGUGGAGGGUCGUGUUACACCUGAACAUAUAGAAUUAGUGUGGGCAGCAGCUCAGCUUAAACAUUGUGGCCGGCAGGUGUAUGAUUUGUUACCUGGUUUUAUAAGAGCAUUAGCACCAAAACCAUGCACACAUCUAUACAGUCUGCUGUGUGCUUUACCUCCAAAGGAUCAUACUGAGCAGAGUCUGUAUUUGGCGUCGGCACUGAUGCGUGCGAUGUGGGCGCGUGGUGGCGGUGGUUCCCUGGGUUCCCCUCCUCCUCCCGAUGAGCCGCGCCAACCGCCCCCUGCUUGCAAGCCUCAUCACAACUCUUCCUCUGAGGCUAGCGUCAGCAUGGAUCAAACUAACUCUGACGAUGACCCGUGUGAAGAAUUAAGCACGUCUGGCGAAGAAGCCGGUCCGACACCGCGGAAACAAAGCAAGCAUCAACGUGAAUUGACUGCUGAACAAGAUUGGCUCCGUGAAGGAGAAGAGCUCACUAAAAAAGAAUGUCCUACUCUUAAGUCAUGUCAUAAGCGUAGUAAACGUGCGGGCAGCAGUGGUAGUGCUAGCAGCGGGGCAGAGGAAAUGUUGCGUCCUCGCAAGAAGAAACUGUAUAAGAAGCGCCACAAGCCCGGCAAAGCGAGGCAUUUCCUAGCAACCCAACUAAAAACGGCUGACCUUGCCGAGUCCGUCUCUGAAGUUGAAGAAGAGUCAUCGGGUAGCGACACAGCGCACUGUCAGCUUUUGUGUGAUAAUGUCGACGCAAGAAGACUAAUGGAGCUACGGUUAAUGGAGAGCUAUAAGCGACGUGGUGAGGAGGAAGAGGGCAGUGCGUCUUCUGUGAUCUCGCCUCACUCACAUCGUCAUCUGCCGGAUUUAGACGAAGACGACUCAGCGUGUGAGGAGGAACUGGCUAGACUGGCAGCACAAGCGCAAUGUCUGACUGAGUAUCGCGGUGCAAGGCCGCCAUCGCCAGCGGCGCCGUUGCCGUUCAGCGUGGACGAUGUGUGUCGACCUGGCAACACGCUGCUUUGGGACUUGCUGCAGGACGGCGCCAUUGAACAACUUGGCGAGGGACUUGCGCUAGAAGCAGAAAAGGCGCUUUGCGCGUUAUUGUGUUUUAGCACAGACAAGUUUAUUCGUAUCAAAUUUAUUGAGGGCUGUCUUGACAAUUUAGCUAAUCAUAGAUCUGUUGCUGUUUCCUUACGUUUGUUACCGAAGUUGUUUUCAUCAUUUCAACAGUUACGAGGAAUGGAUAUGCAUCAGGUGGUGAUGUGGGCGGAGCGCGAGCGCGGCAUGAUGCGGCUGUUCCUGGAGGACCUGCGCCACUACAGCUGCGCGCCGCGCGCGCCCGGCGACGCACAGCACUACGCGCACAUCACCGAGCUCACCGUGCGCCUGCACUUCCUCACCGCCAUCUUCUCGCCCGUCGGCUCGCCGCACCACUUCCGGUUGACCGUGGAACAAGUUGAGGAGUUAUGGCAAUGCCUUGUGGUGCGUGGCAGCAGCGAAUGCGCAGACUGCUUGUACUCGUGGCUGCUGUCACACACCAAGUCACCCGAGCAGCACGCGCUAGGCCUUGACGCGCUGCGAUUCUUGUACGUCGAGAAAAUGCCCACAUUGGAUCCUGAAACAAUAAGUAUCAUGGGGCUGAGCCUGUACCAGCAGCUGUGCAACCUGGCUCGUAUGGCGUUGGGCUCUGGCGACUCCCGGGAUGCAGCACAUCCACACACGCUUGCAAUGGACCACCUGUGGAAGAUCGCACUAAGGGCAAAUAGCACAGAUGUUUCAAUGGGUGCAAUACAAUAUUUAAACAGCUACUACAUGGGUCAACAAUUACAACAAGAGGACGACUUUGUCUCCAAAUGCAUGUUCCAUCUCUCAUCGGCCGCAGAAAGAUUAAUAUCUAACAGCCAGAACAAUGAGGAAGCUGCCUUGACAAAAACUGUGGAAAAUGAAGAGAAGAAGAAUCCAGAGAACAUAACUGACAAACAGAACAUCUAUGAGCAUAUGACAGAAGAAGCAGCAUUGCAAUGUAUACAGAGGGCACUGCUGUUACUGAAAACACAUUUAGACACUUUCAAAAGAAGGUACGCGUACCACCUGCGACGCUGGGCGCUGGCGGAGUCGGGAGCGUGGGAGGGCGCGGGCGGCGCGGGCACCGUGCGCCUCACGCUGCAGCCGGCCGGCGCCGGCCCGCGCGCCUCCAUAGCGCUGCACCACGCCGACCUGGUGGCGCACCUGCGCGCGCACGUGCACGUCUGGUGGGAGAAGCAGAUUCAAGGUGAAGAGGGAGUUACUGCGCUAUCGACAGACGGUCCUCUGCGAAUGAUCACUCAAGGCCAAGAGUUGACAAUAGACUAUGAUGAGAGAACGUUAUAUGAUAUGGGGUUUAAGGACAACCAGCUGGUGUUCGUGUCGGUGGGCGUGGGCGGGCGCGGCGCGUGGGGCGAGUGGCCGAGCGCGCAGCCGGCGCCGGCGCGCGCGCGCCUGCCCACGCUGCUGCUGCUCGACCCCGUCUACUUCCACCAGCUCUUCACGCUCAUGCAGGCGCUCGGCCAGAUGAACGAGCCCGCCACCAAUGCCGAACUCGUAGCCCAUACUAAAGCGCAGUUGUUGUCAAGACGUGUAUGGGAUAUUCUUCAAGCAGUGCCAUUGAAUCCGACUCUACUAGAAGCCUUCCAAAACCCAAUUGAAAGCAAACUGCCGGAGCUACUCGACCCAACUAGUCCACAGAAACUUAUGUAUUCACUUCACAUAAUAGAUAAAUUAAGCUCCAAUAAUAACGGUUCAAAUGUGAAAGAGUCACCUGGAAGCAUAGAAAAAAGCGAAGAAGAGAAGGUAGCUGUAGACAACUGGAAUGAGCUUUUUAUUAAGAAAGGAGGAUUAAGGAUAUUAUAUGACAUCAUGAUGUCAGGGGUGCUUCAACGGAACGACGACAGUGAAUGGAGACAAGAUUGUUUAGCACUGCUGCUACAAUUAUUGUGCCGUAUCGGCACGUUGCCUUCUUCAGAUCCAGCUCAGACUCCUAAACUACAUCCGGCCUUGUUGUCUCUUAUGAAUGUCGAAGAAACGACAGAGAGGUUGAUAUCAAUAUUAUGUGAAGCAGCUGCAGUGAAGGAGCCAACGACAUAUAAGACUGGAUUCUGGGGAAGGGCACAGGUGGUGCAGCACGCGAUGCGGCUGUGCGUGUGGUGGGCGCGCGGCGGCGGCGACGCGGCGGCGCUGGCCUGGUCGCUGCGCCGCGCCGCGCCGCGCCUGCUGCUCGACGACGCCGACCCUGCCGUGCGCCGCGAGGCAGGCAGCGCGCUGUACCGGCUGUGCGCGGGCGGCGAGGUGGCGGUGCUGGCGCCACUGCUGCAGCUGCUGCUGGAGCACCUGCCGCGCGCCGCCGACAUGCGGCCGCACCACGCGCACCCGCACCACCACCACCACGAGGCUGUUCAUCAUCAUGCUGAAGAAGGCAAAGAGCCUUAUGGACCUGCGUGCCGAGAUUACUUUUGGCUUGUUUGUAGGCUCAUAGAUGGUUUGCCGGAAGAUUUUUUCAAAGAUGGCGCUACUUCUGAAGACAGCGGUGCCCCGGAUCUGAAUGAACUUUGUGAACAGAUUCGGUUAUCUCUCGAGAAAAGGGAAAUUAUAGAGAAGCGUUCGGAACCUUGCACGCCUGAUGAUGGAUUAUACGGGCAAUUAAGCUUGAUGACGCAUCUGUUGAAGCAUCCACUAAGGUUUAAGACUUCAGAGCAGGGAACUAGAACGUUAGAAAUGGUCUUUGGAUUUCUCUUUGACGUUCCGAAUCCCGAGCAACGUAACUUACCCAAAUGCAAGUCCCAGAAAUCUCGCGCGGCUGCGUACGACUUGCUCGUUGAACUUGUGCGCGGUGCGCCCGACAAUUACAUGGUGCUGCACAAUAAACUUAUGGAGCACCAUAAACCAGGGCCCCAGUCAGGCUACCCGUGGGACUACUGGCCGGCGGAGGAGUCGCGCUCGGAGUGCGGCUACGUGGGGCUUACGAACCUGGGCGCCACGUGCUACAUGGCGUCGUGCAUGCAGCACCUGUACAUGAUGCCGCAAGCUCGCGCUGCCGUGCUGAGCGCCGACCCGUCGCGCAGCCGCCACGCCACCACGCUGCACGAGAUGCAGCGCAUGUUCGCAUACCUCAUGGAAAGCGAACGGAAGGCUUACAACCCCCGAAGCUUCUGCAAAGUAUAUCAAAUGGACCACCAACCACUGAACACAUGCGAACAGAAGGACAUGGCUGAAUUUUUUAUCGAUCUCGUUUCCAAGCUAGAAGAAAUGACACCCGAGCUUAAGAAGCUAGUCAAGACACUAUUUUGCGGAGUGCUCAGCAACAAUGUUGUUUCUUUGGAUUGUCCGCACGUGUCCCGCACACUAGAGGAGUUCUACACGGUGAGGUGCCAAGUCGCCGACAUGCGCAAUUUGCACCAAAGCCUCGAUGAAGUCACCGUAAAAGAUACCCUGGAGGGCGACAAUUGCUACACCUGCUCGCAGUGUGCGGCAAAAGUACGGGCUGAGAAGAGGGCGUGCUUCAAAAAGCUGCCAAGAAUCCUUUGUUUCAACACAAUGCGAUAUACAUUCAAUAUGCUGACGAUGUUGAAGGAAAAGGUCAACACGCAUUUCUCGUUCCCCAUGCGACUAGAUAUGUCAGGAUAUGUAGAAAAACAUCUGAUGCCUGCCCAAUAUCAAGAAGAGAAAAGAAAGUCGGAAGAACUCAAAAAGGAUUGCGAGGGAAGUCCAAGUGCCGAGAGUGAGGAUAAUUCCGAGUUUGAAGAACACUACGAAUACGAGCUGAUCGGUGUGACGGUACACACGGGCACGGCGGACGGCGGGCACUACUACUCGUUCAUUCGCGAGCGCGAACGUGAGCGCGAGCACGCCGACCGCUGGCUGCUGUUCAACGACGCCGAGGUCAAGCCUUUCGACCCCGCGCACAUUGCAGCAGAGUGCUUCGGGGGCGAAAUGACAAGCAAAACAUACGAUUCAGUGACGGACAAGUUCAUGGACUUCUCGUUCGAGAAGACGAACAGCGCGUACAUGCUAUUCUACGAGCUGAGUCCGCCGCGAGCCCAGCGCGGUUCCGACUGCGGUCAGCAGGACGAGGCACAGUCGUCAACAGCUGAAGAGUCGAGUGCGACUUGUUCGCUGGAGCGGCGGUGCAGCGACAGCGCGCCAGCCGUGGCAUUGCCGCCCGAUUUGCUCAAGUGGAUCUGGGACGAUAACAUGCAGUUCCUUCACGAUAAAAACAUAUUCCAGCACGCGUAUUUCACGUUUAUGGGACAGAUGUGUAGCUCGGUGCCACAGUCGCUACUGACGCUCAGGCCUGAGAUUACCGAGGUCGCGGCGCGGCUUUCAACUUCAUUCUUCAUCGAAACAUUCAUACAUGCUAAAGAAAAGCCGACUAUGGUGUCUUGGGUGGAGCUAGUAACAAAACAGUUCAACGCGUCAGCGGCUGCGUCGGAAUGGUUCCUUGGUCAUAUGGCGGACAACACUUGGUGGCCUAUGCAGGUGUUAAUAAAAUGUCCGAAUCAAAUGGUGCGUCAAAUGUUCCAGAGGCUAUGUAUGCAUGUAAUUCAAAGGCUGAGAUCUAGUCAUUGUGCCUUAUACCUGCAGGGUAUGGAGGAAGGCGAAGAUAAUAGUAAAUUGGGAGAAGCAAGUUGUGUUACUAGGUUUAUAAGAAUGUUAUUAUCGUUGAUGGAAAAUGGUGCGAGGUCACAUCUGCGACACUUGACGGAGUACUUUAGUCUCUUGUAUGAGUUCAGUAAAAUGGGCGAGGAAGAAGGCAAAUUUAUGUUGAGAAUCAAUGCCAUUUCAAGCAUGGUCAGCUUCUAUCUCGGGCAGAAUUCGGCUACGGCGGAGUCACCAUCCGAAGAGGUCGGCGGCAGCGGAGCCAGUGGAGGUGGGGGUACAGAGAGUGGAGACAAGCUGCGGCCCGGCGCGCUCGACAAGAUGGUGGCGCUGGUGGCCGGGCUCGUGGAGCGCUCGCGCGACGCCAGCGGACACCUCGCGCUGCCCGAGCCUGACGCGCGCGCGCUGUUGCACGCCAAGGGGUUUCCAUUUAUAUACCAACAGACUCGAGACUGUUUAAACUUGCAACAGACACGGUCGCUUAUCUUCGCACUUUGCCGGUGGAACGAAGCAUUAGCGCAAAAGAUCGUCAACAUGAUUUUUCAAGCAAUCGCUAAACAUUCUGAGAGCUGCGGCGCGCUGUUCAAGCUGCUGACUCUGUUGGUGGAGGGCAGCGGCGGUGGAGGCGGAGGGGGCGGAGGGGGCGGAGGGGGCGGAGGGGGAGGUGGUGCGGCGUCGAGCGGGCUGCCGUGCUUCACGCAGCUGGUGCUGGCGCGCCUGUGGGACGCCGCCGACGUCUGCCCGCACGCCGCGCUCGAGUGGCUCGCUCUGCAGGUACCGCGCAACAAGGCAGCGCACGCGUGGGCGCUGCGCACGGCCGACCGGUGGGUGGAGGCGCAGCUGCUGGGCGCGGGCGCGGCGCGCGUGCGCGCGGCCGCCGCGCUGCUGCUGGUGGCGCUCGUGCCCUCGCAGCACUUCCGCGCCGGCUAUGCGCGCGCGCGCCCCGCCCCCGCGCCCGCGCCGCCGCACCCGCCCCACCCGCCGCACCCGCACCCCGCCAAGCUGCCCGACACCGCGCACCACGCGCUGCAUCAGGUGUACACGAUGUUACUUGGAAAAUUAAAAGCAGCCAAAAAGUACACGGACAUCGCCGUUCACGGCACGAUGAAGCUAACGGCGUACUUCGGAGUUAUGUCGUACUGCGUCGUCAGCCGAGUGGAAAAGUUAAUGUUCGGGCAGUACUUCAACGACCUGUGGGAUCUGUACCACCCGGCGAUCUCGGAGCCGUCGGUGGCCGUGCACCCCAACAAGCAGGCGCUGCUCACGUUCUGGCACGCUGUGUGCGUCGACUGCCCCGAGAACGUGCAGCUGGCCGUCGCCAACCCGCGCCUCACCAAGCACAUCGCCUUCAACUACAUACUCGCGGACCACGAGGACGGCGAGGUGGUGGCAUACAAUCGCGCGAUGCUGCCGCCGUACUACGCGCUGCUGCGGCUGUGCUGCCGGCGCUCGGGCGCGUUCGCGCGCAGCCUGGCGCAGCACCAGAACAUCCACUGGGCCUUCCGCAACAUCGCGCCGCACGCGCACCUCUACCCGGCCGCCGCCGACGAGCUGCUGAGGCUGGCACGUAUCCUGGCGGCGCGCGGAGGGGGCGGCGGCGGGGGCGGGUCGGGCAGCAGCGGCAGCGGCAGCGACGGCGUCGACAGCAGGGAGGCCGCCGCCUUCAGGCGCAGCACGCUCUCCGCAUACUUACAGGGUUUAAAUGGCAGAACAUGUUGGACGACAUUAAUCUCGGCGUUCUGCACGUUAGUUGAAAACGAGGACGACAGACUGUAUGUAGUUUAUAACGGUGGCUUGCAGAUGACUUUUGAAGCGCUGCACAGUCUGCACGCGGUGUACGUGGAGGGGGGCGGCGGCGUGGCGGGCGCGGGGUCGGUGCGCGCGGAGCUGACGGCGGCGCUGCGCUGGGCGCGCGCGCUGUGCCGCACGCUGCGCACGCGGCGCGACGCCAAGGAGGCGCGCGCGCUGCUGCUGGCCUGCAAGGACUGGCCCGAGUGCGCGCGCCGCCUGCUCACCAUGCUCAACCUGCACCAGCGCCUCACGCACCUGCGCCUGGCGGCCAUAGGCGUGCUGCGCGAGCUGGUGCUGAUCGGGGGCGGCGCGGCGCUGGGCGCGCUGGUGCCGCUGGCGGCGGGCGCGCACGCGGCGGCGCGCUCCGGGCCGCGGCCGCGCCCGCGCACGCCGCACGCCGCGCACUCGCCGCGCCACCACGCGCCCCUCGCGCCGCUCACGCCCCUCGCGCCCCUCGCGCCACUCGCGCCCGUCUACAGGCCCUACCACAAGUUCAUCGACACAUGCUGCCGUGUGGCGAGGAGUCAACGCUGCAUGUCUGAGCAGCUGGUACUACUGUCGGCGCUGUGCGCAUUAGAAGCCGUGCCGCUCAAGUUCAAUUACUUCGCCUCCUUUUGGCGUGACGUUGCCAAUACACCGGCCGAUGCGAAGUUAGAAGAAAUGCUAUUAGAAUGCAGCGUGGUAACGGAAUACGUAGAUGCAGUGCUGCUGGACGAAAGAGACUCGCUGGAGGAUCCAGCGAUAUAUGAAUUCAUGCAGCAUUACUAUCCUAAGCUGUGCGCGCUGGCGAGCUCGUCGGAGGCGUCUGAGUCGCCGUCGGGUAGCGGUGGGGGCGCCACUAGCGGCGCGGGCGCGGCGUGCGCGGCGGAGGCGCUGGCCGAGGAGGUGGCGGCGGCGGCGGCGCGCGCCCCGCUGGCCGCGCUGCUGGCCCGCGUGCGCGCGCUGGCGCUGCUGGCGCCGCACGCGCACCCGCCGCCCAGAGCGCUGCAGCGCGCCACGCAAGCGCUGCAGCAGCGCCUGCUGCGCGCCGCCGACGAAGAGAACUCUGAGCCGGAGGCGGGCGUGGAGGCGGGUGAGCCGGCGCGAUGUCCCUCGCGGGACGGCAGCGACGUGGACGCGGAUGCGGACGCGGACGCGGACGUGGACGGGGACGAGGCGGGGUCCGAGGCGGCGGCGGACGCGGACGAGUCGGGCGAGGAGGAGCCGGCGCCGCGCGGCGGGCUGCUGGCGCGCCUCACGCUGGCCGUGCACGAGCUGGCCGCCGCCAGCGCCGCCAGCGCCGCCGCCGGCCGCCCGGAGCCCGAGCGCUGCGACGCGCAGCCCUAG